AUGCCCAAGUACGUCCUAACCGGAGCCGACGGAAAUCUCGGUGGUGUCGCCGCUGACUUCGCCAUCGAAAUCGCGAAGCCUGAAGACGAACUCGUUUUUACGAGCUACACACUGGACAUCAUCCCAGCCGACAAGCUCAAGCUCUGGCAAGACAAAGGUGUUAAGGUCGUUGCUGCCAACUACGACGAGCCGGAGACCUUCCGGUCUGUUUUCCAGGACGCCGAAGCCGUGUCGUUCAUUUCAACGUGGUUAAUUGGUGAUCGACGCCGUACCCAGGCCAAGAACGUCAUCGAUACGGCCAAGGCGUGCGGUGUGAAGCGCAUCUGCUAUACAUCGUUCGUGGGUGCCGGUUCAACGGCUGAGAACGAGGAGGAUAUUCCGUUCUUGCCGCGUGACCACCACUUCGUAGAGCAGCAGAUCUAUGCCUCGGGUCUGCAGUACAGCGUCCAGCGUAACUUCCUGUACGCCGACAAUAUCCCGAAUUUCUUUGCUCCGUCGUGGAAGUUCACGGAGAACCGCUGGUUGAUCAACACCCACGGUGCUCGAGGCCGAGUUCGUCGACAUGUCCGACGAGGAGCUCAAGUCGUACUGGCUGGGCCGAUUAAUGUGUACGGCGACUUCUCGCAGCUGCCAAUGAAGCUGUGCAUCGGCGACCUGUUGUGCUCCGGUGAGAUGGUUGCUAACGGAUCCAUGAGCAAGACAUCCGACACGAUCGAGAAACUCACCGGUCGAAAGCCCACACACUGGAAGGACGCAAUGCUGAAGUACCGCGACAUCUUCCCAAAGCCAGAACUCGCUUUAGAAGCGCUGAUUGGCGGAAUCGUCGCGGUGUGA